AUGUCUGACCUGGAGGGAAUCAAGUCAUUUGUGUACGCUUGGCUACAGAAAUUCCAUCGAAAAACUCCGGAAUAUACUUUCCAACAACGCUCAGCAGGUCGUGGGCGCUUACGCUUCAUAUGUGAACUUCGUGUCGAUGGCUUUCCCUAUGUUGGUGUUGGGAAUUCAGCUAACAAAAAGGACGCCCAAACUAAUGCUGCGCGUGAUUUCGUUAACUAUCUUGUUCGCGAGAGAUAUUUAAACGAAGUCGAGGUUCCUAAAAUCAGCGCCGAUGAAUAUACUCCUUUAUCCAGAGAGGAUAUGAAGCCCCCUACAAAUUAUCCAUUUCCGACUUCAAGUCGCUCAUCACCACCACAAGUAGCCGACAACAGUUUUAAGAGCAAGGGUCCAAAUGACUCCUACAUUAACAGAAUUCUAGACCAGAUAAAGCUUGAAGAAGCAAGUUAUAAAUCUUCUUUUAUGGCAGAAGAAGUUGAUCUAACAGCUGAUAUUCAUGGUGGAUGGUCAAUGGAGAAUUCAAAAGCUAGGUUAAACGAAUAUCUUCAGUCUUCACGUCAACAACCCGUACAAAUAAAAUAUACAGCUAUUGGACCUGACCACAACAGGAGCUUCUUAGCUGAAGCAACCAUCUUUGCUAAAAGCACAAGUAAAUCCCUUUAUGCGCGUGAAACUGGAUCGAACAAAGUCAUGGCAUCUCGUGCCUGUUGCCUCUCGCUUGUACGACAGCUCUUUCAUAUAGGGGAGAUCGAGGCCUUCUCUGGGGAACGAAAAAAGAAACGCUCCGAUGAGGCAGUAGAACUGGAUCCAGAGGUGGAAGGCCGUCUCCAUAAACUUUUGGAGAGGCUGCACCUAUUGCCUGACCUCCAACCGCCCCCACUUCCUGUCGGGCCAAACAGAGGAAACGAAAACGCUCCGCUGGAGCAUAACAUGAUCACAAAUUAUAGGAUAGCUGAUUUCGAACCCCGACCACGCCAGUUGGCACAAUUUGUGUCUUGGUGUCCACCUGCUGCAAAUUGGAACCCAUGGACUGCAUGCAAUAUUGAUGAAGGACCUGAGGCGUUGAUGACUUUGCCGCAGAUCAGCCAAAGCUAUAAGGAACAAUACGAGAGACGCAUUAAAAGCCCUGAAUACGCCUGCAUCCUAAGAGAGCGCAGGGCUCUACCGGCAGCCUCUUUCCAGCAAGCAAUCCUCCACACGAUCAAAAACAAUCAAGUCACUCUCAUUAAAGGAGAAACUGGAUGCGGAAAGACCACGCAAGUUCCCCAGUUCAUCUUGGACUCGUACCUAGCAGCAGGUCGCGGUGCAGACUGCUCCAUUUUAGUUACUCAACCGCGUCGGAUUUGCGCCAUCUCCCUUGCUGAGCGAAUUGCGAGCGAGCGUUGUGAGUCCGUCGGCACCUCGGUGGGAUAUUCUGUACGCUUUGAGACUGUCCUCCCACGUCCCCACGGCUCAAUUCUCUUCUGCACUGUUGGCACCCUUUGCCGGAAGAUGGAGGCUGGCAUUCGAGGCGUCUCGCACAUAAUCAUCGACGAGAUUCAUGAACGCGAUGUGAAUACUGACUUUGUGUUGAUUCUCAUUCGCGAUUUGGUGAGGGCAAAUCGUUCCCUGCGCGUAAUACUCAUGUCUGCCACCAUUGACACAACAACCUUCUCUAACUACUUUGGUGAGACGGCCAUGGUCGAAUUAGAAGGAAGAACUCAUCCCGUUACUUACUGUAUUAAUAUGAUCAAUUAUGCACCCCCUCCUCUGAGUAUUAACGAUCGGAGGAACAAGAAGCCCCGCAUCGAGGAAGGGUCAUCUGUGGAUGCUGAGGAGAACUGCAAUCUCAUUUGUCCCCAGGGCUACCCUUCUUCUGUUGCCGCAGCCAUGCGUCAGUUGCCAGAAAAGGAGAUCCCGUUCUCCCUAAUUGCCGGGCUACUCGAUUACAUAUGUGGUAUGAACAUUGAUGGCGCAGUACUGAUAUUCCUGCCUGGCUGGAACACAAUUAGUAUGCUGAGGAAGUUCCUUCAAACACAUCCGCGCUUCAGCAACACCAACGAGUUCCUCAUUUUGUCGCUCCACUCACAGGUGCCAAGGGAGGAUCAGCGACUUGUUUUCAGGCCAACUGCCCCUGGUGUACGGAAGAUCGUCCUCUCUACCAACAUCGCGGAGUCAUCCAUCACCAUCAAUGACGUGGUCUUCGUAAUUGACAGCUGCUUGGCUCGUGUUAAAAUGUUUACUGCCCGGAACAACUUAACGAGUUACUCCACGGUGUGGGCUAGUCUCACGAAUCUGGAACAACGCCGGGGUCGAGCUGGUCGUGUCCGAGCCGGUUUCGCCUUCCACCUCUGCAGUCAAGCUCGUCUAGCUAGACUGGAACAACAUGCCACACCCGAAAUCCUUAGAACCCCCCUUCAUGAGCUGGCACUUAUGGUCAAGUUGCUCCGCCUUGGUGACAUCCAGGAAUUUCUCAAGAAGGCCCUCCAACCACCACCCAUUGAUGCUGUCAUCGAAGCCGAGUAUACUUUGCGCGAGAUGAAGGCGCUCGACUCAAAUGAUGAACUGACGCCCUUGGGGCAAAUUUUGGCUCGCCUCCCAAUCGACCCGCGGCUUGGUCGUAUGCUCGUCUUUUCUUGUAUCUUUAAACUGGGCGGGGCGAUGGCUCUGCUUGCUGCUCAUUCUUCCUUCGGCACUGACGUCUUUUUAAUGCCACCUGAUCGACGGCGGCUGUCGUGGGACCAGAUCCGCUUUGCCGCACGCACCAAUUCGGACCACCUCACCAUGCUCAACGUCUUCCAGGCCUGGUCGGCCGAACGACAACGCGGUGGGGACCAGGCAGCCAAUUAUCUGUGUGAUGCAAAGGAAAUCAAUGGCUUUUCUCUGCGGGUAAUCGAAGAUGCAGCAAAUCAGAUUCGAAAUAUCCUCAUUAGUAUGGACUUCCCCGAAUCUGUACUUUCUGACAGCCCUAUCAACUUCAAGAGUCCAACCUGCGCAACUCACGACUACAUCGCAGCCAUGCUAACCAACGGUCUUUACCCCAAUAUCGCUUACCAUGUUGAAAAACGGAAACUUCUCACAGCGGAGGGCAAAUGUGCUCUGGUGCAUAAGGGCUCAGUCAAUUGUGUCAAGAGCCCCAACUUUCUUUUUCCUCUCUUCACAUACACUGAAAAGAUCCGAACUCAAGCGAUAAGCUGCAAAACCCUCACGAUGAUAACUCCAAUCCAGUUGCUGCUUUUCGGUUGUCGCCGUGGCGUCUGGAGGCUGGAAAACGGCGGGAACGUAGCCUCCCCAGAGCAUGGUGUGGUGCUUCUUGACGACUGGAUCCCUCUCCGAAUGCGCUACGCCACCGCUGCACGUAUCUUCGCUCUUCGACCCGCCUUGGAGGCUCUUCUCGUUCGCGUCUGUCUCCAACCCGCCUGCCUAAGCAACCUCUCGCUCGUCGAUGCCAGCGUAAUAGAAAUGACUGAGGAGUUGUGCCGGAACACAGCUUUAAUGGGCGUGAAUGGAGGUGGACUGACCACUCCUGGGGGCUAUCAGUCAAGCGAGAACAGGUUCAAUGUAGACUAUAAUCGUCCCUUCUUGUCAGAUUGUCGUCGACAAAUUGGGCCGGAGAUUGACUCCUCUACGUUUAACCGUUACGAAGCCCGCAGUGAUUGCGUUGGCGAGAGGGGUCAUGGUUACGGCGGACGGUCGAGUAGAAGCUAUGCUUAUGAGAGACGUUGUGAAAAUUUGACGGAUAUCGCUCCAAAACGCAGGAUGGAUUUGUAA